GGCGGCGGCGGCGGCGGUGCUCAGUUUAGUAGGCGGAUAGUUGUCUCUCGGGUCGGCGCUUCUGGUUUGGAAGGGAAUCAGAAUGAGUCUGCAUACCUUAAGUGGAGAUAACGUUAGCGAUGACAUAGCUGCUGAAAGCUGUUCCAUACUUUGCACAUCUCCAGAAGUCGUAGGCAGACCUUCUAUUCUUCGCCCAUCACAGAAAGAAAAUGUGCCACCAAAGGGGAUGGUGAAGCCUAUGAAGGUAACUUUUCAUACUCCUAUGCGGGAUUCUCAGACUCACAGAAUCCUAAGUCCAGAUAAAAGAAAGAAUCCUGAAACACCUGUUAUAGGAGGUGACUGCACAGAUAUCCCAGAGGAUUUUGUCUUGUCUGCAUCCAGUGCUGUGAGUCAACAAACAGUUACACUAGAUGCUGAUAUUGCAAGUGAGAAGAUAGAGGUGGAAGGAAAGGUUAAUCCUGAUUCUUCACAUGAUGAAAGGCCUGCAACAGUAAUGCAUGAAAACAACCAGGUUGCAGAUACAGAAAACGAAGAGUUCCGGUCACCCUCAGAAGUUCUAGGACUCGAUAUUGAAGUGGACUAUCUGGAACAAUUUGGAACUACCUCAUUUAAAGAAUCUGUCUUGAGGAAGCAAUCUCUGUAUUUGAAGUUUGAUCCACUGCUCAGUGAAAGCCCUAAGAAAAGUGACCCAGGUGCUAAUGAAGCAAAACCUGCACUUCAAAAUGGACCAUCUAGAGAAAUGGCAGCCAAUGAAAUAAAAACAUCUAAACCUGAAGAAAUGUCAUUGGGACUAGACCUUCUAGGAGCUUCAACAGAUCUGGCCGGAGGUUCUCUAGAUAUUCCAACCGCUAAGGAUAUUUCAUUUUUGCCUUCUGCGCUGCCUACUGAGGCUAUUGUGGAAGUGUUGAAAUACACUCAGCAAGACAUGGAUGCAGCUAUCGAAAGGGUUAAACUUGACAUGGAUGCAGCUAUCGAAAGGGUUAAACUUGAGAAGGACGCGGUGAUCAAAAAGCUUACUUCUGAGGUACAAGAAAAGGAGAUGGAAGCUUUGGAAUGGGAAAGGAAGCAUCACAAGAUCUAUUUGGAAAAUAAAGAAAUGGGAACAAUUGUUGCGGAGUUUGAAGUUACCACAGCACAAGUGAUGGAGAAUUCACAGAAAGAAAAGGAGCUUGCCCAGAAAGAACUGCAGAAAGUACUGGAUGAAAAACAGCAGAUUAGCUCUGAUCUGAACUCUGUGGAAAAAUCAUUCUCUGAGCUCUUCAAACGAUUUGAAAAGCAGAAGGAGGCAAUAGAAGGAUAUCAGAGGAAUGAAGAGGCUCUGAAGAAAUGUGUUGAGGAUUACGAUACAAGACUUAAGAAGGAGGAACAGAAAUAUCAAGCAUUGAAGGCCCACGCAGAAGAAAAGCUGUGCCAAGCGAAUGAAGAGAUUGCCCAAGUACGAAGCAAAGCUAAAGCAGAAGAGGCAGCGCACCAAGCCAGUUUACGCAAAGAACAGAUGAGAGCCCAGUCACUAGAGAGCAGCCUUGAGCAAAAGACAAAGGAAAACAAUGAACUCACAAAAAUCUGUGAAGACUUGAUUUCUAGGAUGGCGCAAACAUGAGCUAUUCCUGUUUUAUUUCUAAUUUCACAAGUCUGCUUUGAAUAGUUUAAUUACAAAAAAGUAACUACUAACUUACUUGUCUAUUAAUGUUGGUUUUUAUUAAAUACAAAAAACUGAAUGUCUGACCAUGCCUGUAUUUUUGUAUGUAAAUAAAACUU